AUGUUCAAUGAAGUGUCCCGAGCUGCAGUCAGGGACUUCCUCAUCGAAUCACCCGAGUUUUCAUGUCUCAUUCCCCUCUACGAUCUCCUCUACUCCACACCCAACAAAUGCUAUUACUUUGACGACAAAAACGAACUCCAGUACUUCCUUCAACAAGAGGGCCAUGCACAGGGGUGCCCCAUUGCCCCUACCAUGUCGGUGUUCAACUUGUGCCUCCUCCUCAAGUUAGUCACAGAGGUACUCAAAGCCCGGGCUCAAGCCAGACUACAGAAUAGCCAAGUUGGAGAUGAUGGCAGAGGUACAGUUGGUUCUGCCCUGGAGUAUGUUGAUGACUCAUCCCUCUUCCUCCAUCCUUCAUAUAUCAUUCCAGUCUUAGAGACUUUCCAGGAACAGGGCAAACCACUGGGGAUCCAGCUGAACUUCUCCAAGACAAAGCUUCUCACCAGCACCACAGGCACUCCAUCUACCAAUCCAAUCAUCCAAGAAGCCCUGGCCUACAUCAAUGCCCAAGCUGGCAAAGAUGUCCAACCAGAAAUCACCACUGGAGUAAGAUUUUUGGGACAACCAAUUGGGUCUGAUGCUUUUGCUACGUCCUUCCUCACCCAAGCAUCCAAGAAAUACUCCACCAAUCUCUCCAAACUCCUCAACAGCUCCACUGACCUUCAUACCAAGUUCCUGCUCUUCCACAGUUGUGCCAUCCCAUCCGUCCAACACCUUCUUACAGCCGAUGUCUACCACCACUGCCAAGUACAGGAUGCCACCACCAUUGAUCCCUUCCACUGGCAGUCAACCUUCCAGACCUCCACCACCCAGGCCAAUCACAAAUUCAUUGCCCAACUAGCCUCUGUCCAUGCCUUGCCUCCCCACACUCUCCACAUCCUUCAACAUCCUGUGUCCUCUGGUGGCCUGGGCACCCGCAACAACAUCCUCUCUACUAUCCCCGCCUUCAUCGUUUCCACCACCCAAAGUCUCCGUUAUGCUACUGCUGGAAUCCCCACUGCCGACAACCAAAUCAUCACUAUCCCACCUACUCUCGGGCUCUCUCUUCAUGGCAAAAACCUUCUACUACGAUCCCUCUUUUCCACCUUUACACCAAGUUGGCUCCCCUACUUCUUCCCUUCUACAAUGCUACCAAGCCAUCUGACUCCCACAUUCACUCCACCCCCACCUUUGUCACUGAGUCCCAUCUCGCUCCAUCUCGCUGGCCUAGCCUCUUCCAUCUACAAACAAACACUGCCUCUAGUCUUUGGAAGCAUACCUUAA